UUGGUCUGGCCRCGAUACUGAUAUUGCAUAUGGAAUCGUUAAAGCUAAUGUGGUCCGUUUUUGACACGUGAGAGCUUCUAGUCACAGGUUCAUAAUGAAACACAGAGUACUAUGAGCUUCACUGAUUGGCAAAUACAAAAGCCGUUUCUAAGCUUAAGUAGGUAGUAAGUCUUAACUAGGGUCUAUGUAAAAGCCCACUAGCCAAUCAAAAUCAAGAACACAUAGUAGAACAUUCUACAGCCAAGGCCCAGCAUGAGACGAAUCAGGUUUUCAAAGCUUGGAGACCAGUUAUGCAUAAUUAUCAGCUGAUGGUUAUGCGAUAUGGACGUCGGCAAGAUAAGACAUCUACUKUGGGUAAGUUUAGGCUUUAUCAGAGCCAUAGCAAAAGUUAAAGAAUGACGCUAGAUAAAGUUUGUUUGUGUGUGUGUGUGGGUUACACAGUUAACCAUGUUGUCCAUGUUAUAGGACCAGACAGUGUCUGCAGUCGCUUACCUCUGGAUAUUAUUAAGGGCGCUUCUCAGACUUUUCUGUACGGAAAGACUCAACAAAAAAKACUUAUUGUAUUUGCUCAAAUACUGUGAUAGUCUUUAUGGAAAAAGCAAUUAUGUUGCAACUAAAGAUUUUCUGCUUGAUGUUCCAGUUAUAAACGAUUUGUGUACAAUACAAAAAAAUCGCACAUGAACCGUGAARGACUCCCGCACGGCUUAUUUCAUGCAAAGUUGUUUCAAAAACUAAUAUGCAACAUUUGUUUCGUAUUUUAUUGGWUUUGGAGCUUCAAUUCAGUUGCCACAUCCAUAAGUCACGUCACUACUUGACGGCUGAUGAAAGACCAGAUUGUUUUGAAAGUUUGAAAUACAAUCAGUGACCAUCAGUGAUCGUUUUUCAAUACCAAAAAUGUAAUUAGACGUAUAUCAAGAAGUUUUAGCGAACAAACAAGGCAUCUUUUAACAAGUGAAAAUGUUCGUUUCAUACAAGACACAUAACGAGUUUGUAAUCCGCGUGCAGACAUGAAUCCACGGGUCUCACAGUUUGAGACGAGCCUGUUUAUUACUAGUAUUUGUCGAAGCGCUGCCAGUUACCAGAGGGACCGCGUGCUUCAUAGAUCAAAACGUAUCGUUAAUGGMCACAAUACACAACCUAACGAAUGGCCGUGGCAAGUCUCACUWCAAAGGGACGGUGUUCACGUCUGUGGGGGYUCUCUGAUCACACAAGAAUGGGUACUGACCGCUGCUCACUGUGUWCAGCGUAACUUAGAACCCAGGCGAUACUCCAUCAUUGUAGGUGCUCAUAAAUUAUAUCAGGGUCUAUCAAGCAUAACAAGAAAGAUUUUCGUGAAGGAAAUUUACAAUCACAGUAUGUUUCAUGAAAGUCACAGRAGAUACGACGUCGCUCUCGUUUUAUUGGAUGAAUGGGUGAGAAUUAGUCAUGGUGUUCGACCAAUACAACUGCCAAUCCAGGGCCAUCGGGUCCGUAUUGGGAAGACAUGCUACUUGACAGGCUGGGGUGACACAAGUCCUAACGGACAUCACGCAAAUAUCCUUCAGAGRGCAGUAAUGAGAGUUGUAAGUACAUGGAGAUGUCGAACAAGGAACGGUCACACAGUCCAUGAUCAGUCAAUGAUUUGCGCUGGAGAAAGAGGACAAGUUGCUUGUCAUGGUGAUAGCGGUGGACCGCUGUCCUGUUAUGAACGAGGGCGCUGGAUUCUAAGGGGUGUUGUCAGUUGGGGAAAUCACAGUUGCGUCACGCAACAAUAUACUGUGUUUGCACGUGUCAGUUCAUUUGUUAACUGGAUUUACAGGAAGCAGAAUACCGAAUGCAGAAGAUAUCGAAUCUUGAAUACCCGCGACCGCGCCCAAGGUGUAGCUAAUAUUCAAUCCAAAAAGUGCGACAAACACGAAAUAAMAACAGGCUGGUACCGCUUCGUUGGACUCGCCGGCUACAAGAUGCCAACAUUAUGCGUACCUGGGAAACAUUGCGGCACUGACGCCCCUGGUUGGAUGAAGGGGUCACAUCCAACCCCUUCUGAGGGCGUGGUCUUACGGAAAGUCUGCUACCACUGGAAUGGGGACUGUUGUCGGUGGAGCAAUGCGAUUAGUGUUCGUAAUUGUGGCCCUUUCUUUGUUUACCGUCUCAUAAAGCCUCCUGCAUGUAGCCUGCGCUACUGUGGUAAUGGAAAAAACAACGCUUCUGAGUGCACCAACUACAAAAUCUUGCACGGACGAGAUCGAGCACAAUCUCAACCAGCAACUUCCUGGAAAUGUGACGUUUAUGAUCUUGAGAAUGGCUGGUACCGCUUUGCUGGCCAGGCAGGAAAUGGUAUCGCAACAAUGUGUUUACCAAGAGAUCACUGUGGUACCACAGCACCAGGUUGGAUGCAGGGUACCCAUCCCACCCAGGCACAAGGACUUGUSCGGCGUAAGGUUUGCUAUUCAUUUGGGCGUCAAUGUUGUUUUGCCUUCAACUSGAUUCGCGUGAGAAACUGUGGAGGGUUUUAUGUUUAUGAACUCAARAAACCGCCGGGUUGUCAUUUACGUUACUGUGGAAACGGUGCAGGAUACAGUUUAGUGUCCGCCUUGUCAUCAAUUUGCAAGAAUUACAUGCUACUGAAUACCGCUGACCGAUCGAGAAGAUGGCGCAAGCGUCACMCGAAAAGAUGUGAUAGGAAUGACGUCAUUGAUGGACAAUGGUACAGGUUUGCUGGGCAUGCUGGGGGAAUGAUGGCAACAAGAUGUGUGUCAGGGCAUCGUUGUGGAACUGAUGCAACUGGAUGGAUGACAGGCAGUCAUCCCUCCAUGAAUCAAGGGGUAGUGACGCGUAGGGCGUGCUUUAGCUGGAGAAGACAGUGUUGUCGGUGGAGUAACAAGAUUCAAGUCAGAAAYUGUGGAGACUACUUCGUCUACAAGCUGUACAAACCCGUAGGAUGUCAUCUUCGUUACUGUGGAAACGGUCAUAGAGGGUAUGUUGAAAGACGAUCACGAGAACCUGGACAAAGAGGCCGCUGACAAGCUGGAUUGCAUCGAUUAUGUACCUUCGUACUAUUAGGUCCCAAAAAACAACACAAAAUUUUCAAAACAUUGGCCGUGGAGCAGUUUAUAAAUAUAAAAAUAUUGUAUUGUUUUAGAGACAUAUUUUGACAAAUAUACUUUCAAUUAUUUGAAAACCAUUUUUUGUUUUAUUUUUCUUCUUUGGGAGCGAUAUAUCUUUUAAAUAUACGCAAGCAGAUUUUGUGACGAAAUGCCUUAUGGGGCCUCUCGUCACUAUGUCAUCGUGU